AAACUAGCUAGUAGAAACAAAUAUAUUCAUCUGUUCAACUGUCCAAUCCAUGUUAUUUAAAUAAAUUCAUAUUUUUAUAAGGACUAUUUAAAUACUGUACAAACUAUAAAUUGCUUAAAACACACGUGAUACUUAUCUGGUCAGUCUAUUGGUUAAAGACUUGACAAAUCAAGAUUAUGCACUAAAAUCCUACGAAAAAGUGAAAAAAGGGUUUCAAAGAAUUAGUUUUUUUUUCUAAACCGCAAUAAAGCCUAUUUGAACUCAAGAAGUGCUUAAAUUUAUUUCUUGAAUUGCAACAAGUUUUUAUGGGUGUUCUUAUCAUUGCACAUUCAUCAGUUGCAUCAUGAUUUAUGCUAAUUGCCACUAGGAAAGAUACUGGUUGAAUUCACUUCAGUUUUUAAUACUUCCUUAAUUAAACACCGUCUUCACACAUUAACAUAUAAAUAUAAAACGAAUUUCUUGAAUGCAUUUAUAUCGUUCUGCAAGUCAAAUUCAUAAUGAGAGAGAAUUCGACCUCAGAUUAUUACGUCUAGGUCGUUUUCAACCUUGGGGAUUUCGUUUUCACAAAAAUCAAGGACGUUUAUGGGUAUCUGAAGUAUAUCCUUGGUCUCCAGCUCACGGUUGGCUUGAGAUUGGAGACGAAGUCCUAGAAAUAGAAGGUCAUUUAGGCACCGAACUAACAGAACAAGAAUCCCAUUCACUUGCUGAAUUGAAAAAUAAUUAUCUACGACUUGGAAUUCGACGCCUACCAAUGUUUAGCAAUCAGUAUAUGGGAACAAGACCAGCUUCUAGAAAUCUUUCAAGAGCUGCCAGUACAACAGUCUAUGGUCAUUCUGGGCCCUAUUCUAGACUUAAUUCGAAACAACCACAACAGAAACCAGUAAAUGCUAGAGAUAAUGAUGAUGUUGAAUCAGAAGAAGUUGAUUAUAGUUUUAUGAAUCUACCAGUUCGUGAAAGAAGAAAACUAUUUCUUGGUGGAAGUCAACCGCCUAGUAUUCAAAGAGGAUAUCUGCAUUCAUUAACAAUGCCAAGAAAAAAGAACGAUAUUAACAACUAUCAUAAUCGAUAUGAAACUCAGUCGGAAUAUGGUGGAACCGAUCAUAACUUUGGAUGGGAUGUCCCGAUAACACCAACAUGGGCUAGAGAAAAUCGUUCAACCAAUAAUUAUGAACCAGUGAAAUCGAGAUCGACCAAAACAUUUAGUUUGUCCACAACGCCAGCAGAAAAAUCAUUUCAACAACAAUUCACUCAAUAUGUUGCUGGGCCACCUUCACCUCGUUACAAUCAAAAUUUACCUGCUGCUUCAAACACUUUCAAUACUGUUCAGCCAAAAUCUAAUUAUAGACCAAAUUAUCCUCAAUACUCUGCAACUAUACAUGUGCAAGAUACACAUUCAACUGGAAAUAUAUCAUCCGGACGCGUACACAAUGGAAAUUCAACACGUAUCUACCCAGUUAAACAAUACAGCACAAGUGCAUCACCUGCUAGAACAAUUACACCUUCAUCAGUUUAUCCAUCAUACAAUUCAUACAAUUCAGUAUCACGUGAUUCAAAUAGAGUUGUACAACCUCUGCGUGUGAAUGUAUACAACAGCGAUAAUGCAUCUACAAUAUAUAGUCCACAAAGAAAAGCGGAAAAUUCUCCUAAUUGGAAUCCUAGUUCACCGAUUUAUCCAGCAUAUCCAGCUUAUAUGGAUAGAUCAAAUAAUGCUGAUAUUCAGCCUUUACGUUAUAGAAGAGAGCAGUCUGUCCGACCAGUGACAAUCUAUUCAACAAACAAUCCAACAACUAACACUACAGUUGAAAAUAAACAAGUAUGGAAAGCUAUACCAGCUCAAAAUUGGUUAGAUAAUCAAAGAACUGUACGUAGUGGUACGUUUAUAACUACAACGAAGAAAAUGUCUAGUGGAAGACGUCCAGACUAUAACAGUGAACCGUCAGGUGUGUCAGAGUUUUAGAUAUGAACAUCUGUUCGGAGUCAAUAACAUUAACGCUUUAGAAGUACUUACAUGUUAUCAAAUAUGACAUACAAAGCAUUUUUACACUUCUAGUAGUUUAGAUUACAUUGGAAAAUAUACAACUAACAAAGUUCAGUUGAAUGGGAAUAGUUUUACAAUUUAGUGGUUUAUUUUCCAAGCUUACUUCUUUUACUCAUUUUUCUUAUCCACGUUUAGUGCUAUUUCAAUCGUCGGCUAAGAAGGUGACAUUUCUGAUGUUUUGUUUUCUUUUGUUUUCAUUUUAAUUUUUUUUUAAAAAAAAAAGAGUGAGAUGGCUUUUUUCGUGGAAGUUUUCGUCUACAACUAUAAUAAAUUCAAAAAGAACAUUUAAUAAAACCAAAAUCUUUUUUUGUCUUACCAAAAAUUAAUUCUCACUAGGGUCUACUUUCUUCUCUGUAAGGUUGUUGUUUCGUAGGAUAACAUUUCCGAUUGGAAUGGAAGAUCAUGAUCCUUUAAUUUAUUUUGUUGUAAUUCAUUUAUUCUUAACACAUUUAUCUUUGAUUAGCAUGAGUUUAUGGUAUCAAUAAUAAACUACUUGUUUUAUUCCUUUAUAAUUGUGCUUAUCGUCUUCAUCAGUACUAUCAUGGCAAUCACAGAUAUUAUUAUUAUUAUUAUUAUUAUUAUUAUUAUUAUUAUUGAACAAUGUUAUUUCCUACUUCCCCUUGGCUUUGUUUUCCUAGAAUCUCUUAUAAAUUCUAAUCAAGUUACCUUAUAAUAUUUUUCACUUAAAAAUAUGACAUGCUUUAACUAUGCUUUUUUCAAUACUAAAACAAGUACUUAUUUUCUAAAAUCUUCUUCCAUUUAAUUUAUUAAAUAACACAAUAAAACACUAACACCAGCAGAAAUACACUUAUACUGAACAAUAUUUUAAACGAAUUUUCGAAAGAUAAUAUAUAUUGUGGUUAAAAUUCCCUUAUGGUUUGAUCAAAAC